AUGAAAUUUUAUCAACAACUGAUUCUUUGUAUUUUACUGCUUUUCUCCUUUACAUGGGCGGAUGACACGACAUCGGCGACGCCAACAACAUUCAGCUUCAGUACUGUUACUACUGACUUGUACGUUGAGACUUCCCUCUCAGAGGUAUGUGACUAUGACUCCUACGUUGACACCAUAAACGGGCAUGCGUACUCUUAUAUGUUCACUAUAACAGGGGAAACCACUUCAUCAGGUAACAUAUUCAACCUUGUCACCUACAGAAAGUUUACACUCACCUGGUAUUUCACCUUUGCAGAUGAUAUAGAUGCUUACAGUCUUACUGCUAGGUACAGCGGUAUUCAUAUAGACGAUUUGGCCGGUGUGGUCAACCUGGAGAAAGGACAGCUUAUGUUUCAGUACGACGUUACAGUAAACUCUGCAUUUUUAGUUUAUGGUCUAGCAAUAGGAGCCUUUUGUGACCUUGAAUAUGUCAAUUUUGCUUUCUAUAGAGAUGAUGACACAGGAUCCGAGGAAAUUCUGAAUUUCUAUACCGGUAACCUUGGGUCAUCAGUGGUGAGUGUUCUUAACAGUGCUGCCUGUGGAGUUUUCACCUUGGACAACUGUCCUAUAUAUUACAAAGCAAUGGACUUUUCUUGUGAUGACAUGUCUAGUUAUUCUUCAACAUGCAUACAGACAGCCGCCGUUACAGCAGAUUUUGAUUACACAGACACAUACACUCCAACUCAAACUGAGCCAUAUACAACUACAAUUGUGGAGGACACAACAACCUUCACUGGGAUCGUUUCAUACUACACCACAACUGAUGAAAAUGGUGAUAUCAUAACAACAAUCACCACAGAAAUAGUUCCUGGACUGCCAUCUCCCAUAACAACCACGUAUCUUGGUAAAGAUGGAUAUUCGCAGAGUGGAGUUGUCGAGUUCUACACCACAACUGAUGGUGAUGGCAACACGAUCACGACAUCCUCGACCUCUGCUUACAUCCACGGACCAAUAACAACGACGUAUGUGGGUGCUGACGGAGACUCUGAGAGUGGAGUUGUCGA